GCUGACAGUUGAAGCAAAGGACUCUGGGACGACUCAAAGGACAACUAAAACAGAUGUCAUCAUUACAAUACUGGACACGCAUAACAGCCAGCCAGAAAUCUUACUGAACGUCUUCGGUCUUGGUGGAGUAGCGAAAGUGUCCGAGUUGGCAGAGCUGGGUCGAGUGGUUGCUCACGUGGCUGUAUCGGAUCCUGAUUCCAGCCAUAGUCCAAACGGUCAGAUCUUGUGUUUUCUGAACAGCACCAGUUAUUUCCAGCUGCAAGCCAUGGACGUGAAGCAGUUCAAGGUCAUACUGACCAAACGUCUGGACAGAGAACAGCAGACAUAUCACAGCGUCACAGUGAUAUGUGACGACUCCGGUUCACCGCCACUCAACGAUGAAAACGACAACGCGCCCAUUUUUGACUCGUUCUACUACUCGGCUGACGUCGUGGAGGGACCGAGCAUGGACAGAGAUGGCGACAGAGAUAUUGCUCUGACUGUUCAGGCAACCGAUAAAGACAUGGGUAAAAACUCUCAAAUCACCUACAGUUUUGCAGAUGGUUCUGAUCCUGAUUUUGGCAUAUACGCAGACGGAUCAAUAGUUGUUACCAAUCCUGCAGGAGUCGACCGCGAGGACAGGGUCAAGGGGUCAGUGAGAAGACUGACAGUACAAGCCAUCGACAACGGUAAAGUACCACUGACCGGCACGACGACUGUGGUCAUCACAAUCAGAGACAUCAACGAUAACCCACCCAAGUUUUCAGAGCCUAUGUAUUUCUUUAGUGUCCACGAGAACGCAGCUGUUGAUUACAUUGUCAACAAUGUUUCAGCCAGCGAUGUGGAUCUUGAAAGCAAUGCCAUAUUUUACUUCGAGAUGCACAAGAGGGAUGUGAACACGGUUCCUUUUCAAAUCACACGAGGUGGAGUAAUUAAAGUCAGCGGAAGCGUGGACAGGGAAGCCAAAGCAAGUUAUGAGUUUCGGGUUAUAGCCAUCGAUCUGGGAGAACCGGCUCGUAUGUCAUCAACUGUAACGGUUCAUAUCAGAGCAACAGAUGUUAAUGAUAACUCCCCUGAGUUCGUGUUUCCGAGUGAUGAUAACUAUACCCUUUAUGUUCCUCAUACACUCGGCGAGAACACGGCGUUUGCCAGCGUCGUGGCUAUUGACCGAGACGAAGGUCGAAACAGUGAACUCGUCUAUGCGAGAGACAGUGGAAACGGUUCUAAAUUCUUUGAUAUCGAAACUAGCUCGGGUCAAGUAGUUCUGAUCAGACCAUUAACAAUUAAAGACAUUGGUCUGCAUAUUAUUGUAGUUGUUGCUCACGAUCGUGGUGUUGAAGUCCAGCUGACUACCCAGUCGGUCAUGCAUAUUAAAGUAUACGAAGGCAACGCAACGCUUCCAUUUACCAAUGAUGGUCUUGGCUUCAGAAACAUUGUAGUGGUGGUUGUUCUUGUGGUUGUGACCGUUGUCUUAGCUCUGGCAAUUCUUCUAACCAUCCUUUUAAUUCGCCGGGUAGAUAAGCAGAGACGGUUGUACCACGCUAAAUCUGUAGAAGUCAAAACGGAGCCGAACUUCAGAAAUUUACACCCGUGCUCUAUAGCUGAACUCGAAUCGCCUUCUCAUCUUUCUGACAUGCAGGACGAUAGUAAGGAUGGAGGGAAGAAGAAGAAAGAAGUGAGCUUUUCUCUGGAUGAAGACAACAACGUCAACGGCCCACAAAUCAUGACCACGUUUAGUCCUAUUGCCUCUGACAAAUACGACGCCAUCUCUGAGAAAGACAGAGGGAAGAUCAAGAAUGACCAGCUGACCAGUAAUCACUACCAGGCUGACCGACAUGUCAAGAUAUCAGGCGGGAAGAAGGACAUUGCCAACUUUAGUUACCACCUUGUCCAUCCAGUGGGAAGCAGCGAUCACAAGGACAAACAUACUCUAGAUCCCACACAUCAGCAUGACGACAACAACAGUGACGUCAGCGGGGACAGUACCAGCGACAGCGGCAGAGGAGGGAGUGAUGUUGAGUUCCAGAAUCAUGGCGUCCUGUCCAAAGAGUCAG